UCGUGAUAUCUGUGAUAUGGGAUAAUUCAUUCUGUGGUUUUUGUAAUUUAUCAGCUGAUCAUUCUGUCAUUUAUAUCUAUCCUAUCUGUCAGUUUGUUUGUGAUUUUUGCAAUCAUUUUUUGUUAAUGUUUACAUGUUAUCAAAUUCUAUAAUUAUUAUUUCUCAAUCUCGAUCUAAAGACUGAACUUUGAACUUUAGCACAGUAUAAUCUCAUCAGUACAUUGACUAGUUUGAUAUUAGUUUUUGGAUAUCAAAAUGUUAACAAAUUGUACCAGAAAAGUUGGAUCUCAGUUGAGAAGAUUCCAAAGCACUUUGGUAAUAGCUGAACAUAAUAAUGAAGUCCUAUCAGCUCAAACCCAAAGUGCAAUUACUGCUGCUAAACAACUUGGCGGAGACAUAUCCGUUCUAAUUGCAGGUACAAAAUGUGGUCCUGCAUCAGAAGCCUUAGUAAAGGCUGAAGGCUUAUCAAAAGUUCUAGUUGCUGAAAAUGAAGCUUUCAAGGGUUCCACUGCUGAAAGUUUAACUAAUCUGAUACUGAGUGCUCAGAAGCAAUUCAACUACACCCAUAUUGUGGCUGGGGCAUCUGCUUUUGGCAAAGCCCUGCUUCCAAGAGUUGCUGCCAAGCUGGAUGUGUCUCCUGUUUCUGAUGUUAUUGCAAUAAAGUCACCAGACACUUUUGUCAGAACUAUUUAUGCUGGAAAUGCCAUACAAACCUUGACUGCAAAAGAUGCUAUUAAAGUUCUCAGUGUGAGAGGCACAAGCUUUGCACCAGCUGCUCUAGAAGGUGGUUCAGCUAGCUCAGAAGUAAUUGCUGCUGAUGGAUGUGCAACUGAUCUGACUGUCUUUGUAUCCCAAGAACUCAGCAAGUCAGACAGACCUGAAUUAGCAAGUGCUAAAGUUGUUGUUAGUGGGGGUAGAGGUUUGAAAUCUGGGGAUAAUUUCAAACUUCUGUAUGAUCUAGCUGACAAGCUGAAUGCUGCUGUUGGGGCUUCUCGUGCUGCUGUAGAUGCAGGCUAUGUCCCCAAUGACUUGCAAGUUGGUCAAACAGGGAAGAUAGUUGCACCUGAUCUAUACAUUGCAGUUGGAAUAUCAGGGGCCAUUCAACACUUGGCUGGCAUGAAAGACAGCAAAACCAUUGUUGCAAUCAACAAGGAUGCUGAGGCCCCCAUCUUCCAAGUAGCUGACUUUGGGUUAGUUGCUGACUUGUUCAAGGUUGUGCCUGAAUUAACCCAAAAAUUAUGAUGAAAUAUACCUCCUAGACAUUUUGAGACCCUAUUUUAUUUAUAAAUAAAUAUUUUAUACUACA